AAAAUCAUUUCCGAGACCAGGUAUAUAUAAACGCCCGUGCAUGGACUUCAUUAGCCAAUUAGGACAUCUGAAGAUUCCAAAUCAGAAUAAUGGGUUUCUGGAGAGAAACCCUGGUUAUCGCUUGCUUGAUCUUCGGACUCUUGGAGUUGUCGUCUGCUCUGCUAGAGCCAGCGCCAUUUCCAGACGCUUUACGAGAAUGUUACGAGUUCCGAUCGUUCAACUUGACACCAUCAGACCAGGUCGCCAGCCGUAUACAGACUUCUUGUUACCGACACUACCAGUAUAAACAACUGGCCAAAGGAAAUAUAUGGUCCGCUCCAAACAUAACUCAGGAGGGAGUCAACUACAUCAAUGGGCUGUUCAGACAAGUUUUCAAUGAGGCUCGGCACAUCGCUAAUUACAACAAAAAGUCCAAGCGACAUAAGCGACAGGCGAUGUUUCCCGGAAGAUACAGACAGGAAGUUAGGAGUCCUGGCGGGGCCUAUCAGCGUUACGCUAACUGUAUUCUUCGGCUACAGAGAGAGUCUGUGGAGCCACCCCAAGCGGGUCGUAACACCUACCAGACCUUGGCCGUCCUACACUCGGGGGAGGUAUUAGCAUACGCCCACGGAGGACCAGCGUUUAUCCCUUGGCACAGAAUUUAUCUCAUCCUGUUGGAGACUGCAUGUGGGUCGCCUAUACCUUACUGGGACUCCACGGUAGACCACGAUAUGAUGGACCCCACCAUGUCUAUUCUGUGGAGCGAACAGUUCUUCGGAAAUGGCGAUGGUGAUGUCAUGACUGGGCCAUACCAGAGCAUCAGAACGAUACUCGGGGAACCUCUCGUGCGAAAUAUUGGAACAGGUCAGAGUCCCCUAUUCACUAAAGAGGGACUCCAAGCUGUACUGAGUCGCCGAAGAUAUUCAGAAAUAGUUGAGCCUAAACAGGGCGCAGAAUACAUCUUCAGUCUGGAGGGCCAUCACAAUGGUCCACACACGUGGGUAGGGGGGCAUUUGGCACUCACCAAUACGGCCGCUUACGAUCCCAUAUUCUUUAACCACCACGCCUUUAUUGAUCACGUUUAUGAACUAUUCAGACAACAACAAAUUCGUUUUCAAAUCAAUCCAGAGGUGGACUAUCCGUUACAAACUCCACCAGGGCACGCUGCCAAUGACUUUAUAGAUUUCAGACCAUACACCAACCCUCUGCGAAAUAUUGAGGGUCUGUCCAAUCUUAUUGCAGGCAUGGUAAUGUAUGAGCCUCUUCCAAACUGUAUGAAUAGAUGCAAUGGCAGUCCGUUCCUAUUUUGUGACCAAAGAAGAUUUGUCUGUGUAUCUCGUCCCCGUAUGACAGCAAUGGCGCCUGGAGGUGCACAGGGCUUCGGACAAAGCAGUCAGCCAGGCCAAGCUCCCGCCAGUCAGAAUGUUCCGUCUGUGUCACGUGCUAGUGCACAGGCACGUGGUCCUAUCCAAGGAGGUCCAAGUUUCCGACCAGCUCCAUUAACUGAUAGCCGAAAUCGUCCGGAUACUAUUGGCAGUGCUCCUGCUGCACCUCAGGUAUUAAUGGCCGGAAUGCAAGCCAGAGCUGGCGGACAAGGACGAAAACGUAGAGCAGCAACCGACUUGCCACAAAACAAGACGUCUGUACAUCAAGAUGGCAGCGCGCAACAGGUCUCGUCACUUCAGCGAUCCCUGACCAACACGUUUAUCAUUGACGGAGUGGCCGAUCCUAAACGAUGGGUGUAUGUUUCAGUUCGUGUAUUCUACAACAGAUCAAGCAUUGUAGACGGCAAAGACCCUACUAUCCAUGCAAACAGUCCGAGAGAAAUCUCAAAAGAAUCCUGUCAUGGCCCAAAUUCUGGAGCAUCUAAGGUAUUUAUCUCUUCAAAUGGAUUGGACUACGUAGGAGUCUACAAUGAGUUUGCAAUUGUUGACGAGAGACAACCUAUUUCAAUUACAACAACAGCCAUUGGAGUGAAGAAUCCGGAUUACGGCGAGGCAGAGACUUUAUUUACUGCCUACGACUCCUGCGGGCGUCCAUGUCGACCCCUUUGCUUGGCAUCGAGCCAAGGCAAGCAAACUUAUAAGCCAUGUUCUGCAGUUUUUAAGGUGUCAUCUGCUUUACCAAAAAUGUUCCAUCUUUCCUACCGAGACGCAAUUUUUGGUGGUGUCCAAGCUGAUAAUUUGAUUGAAUCUUUUGGCAGGGACACUACGCCUCCUAUCACAUUUGUUUGUGACAAUUCAAAAUUCUGGCCAUGGGAAUACUAGUCAUCAUAUUUUGAGUAAAUAUAUGGUGCUUUGCUGUAAGGCCUUUUUUAGAGAAUUUUAUUCUUAUACAUGGACUGCAUAAUCUUCUUUGAAAAAAUCUUUAAACUUUCACGAAUUAAUUUGUACAUGACAGACUGUGGCUAUUGUUUAAGGACAGUUAUAUCUGUCAACAAUCUUAUAUUUAUAUUUCAUAUCUUAAACAAAUUGCUAGAUGUCAUAAUUGAUUUAAACAGCAACAAGUCAAAUCAAUGUAUUUAUAAACACUUUUUAAAAAUAUAUUGGAAUCAUCACGUGGUUUUGUUGUUGUUCCAUUCAGUAUUCAGCUUUUUGAUUCAGUCAUUUUGUGUAUAUAAUAGAAGCGAGUACUAAAGAUUAUUGAUUAUAUAUACACAAUCGGUAUCAAUUCGCAAUUUUUCCGUUUUUGAAACGAUGGCUCACUGGCUCGAUAACGCUUAGCAUGAUUUUACUCAUGAGUAAUAAGAUUGAAAAAUAAACCA